CGUGCAGCCACUGCAAAUCGCGGCACUAGGUCAUGGACUCGCGCGCGCAGGUGGUUGGGAUCUAGCGCUUGGAGCAAGCUAGACUCGCCUACACAUGGCCAACCUGUGGAUGGGAUCCGAUUGAAUCGAGCCGCCCCUUGAACCUUUUGCCGUGAGAUGCAGCACCGGCCCAUGCUCAAGUUCUCUCGUUGAUUCGACAAUUUCACGUAUCGGCAUCACCUCCUGGCAGCAACCACGUGAUGGGAUAACCCUGGACCAGCUCAACCUGAGCGGCACGAAUGGGGGGGAAGGGGGCAGCGAUGUCGCCGCGCCAGCCACUCGAGUGCAGUUACGAUUCGGACAGUCCUUGUCGCACUUGUGUUCCUCCAACGCUUUGAGCUCUGGAUCCUCGUCGUGAUCUUCCACGUCCCCAUUGCGUCGAUCAGUCUGUCCAACUCAAUCUCCAUGACGUCGAACGCUCUCAACGAGAAGCCCGUGCCCUUCGGUCCAGAUGGUGCUCUUCGUGCGCGAACUGGUACGACCACGUACUUGAAUGCAGCUACCUUCAACACGGAAGCCAUCCAGUACGUUCACCUCGCGAACUUGUCGUCGCCGGCACCUUUCUCUGACAGCACACAAACGAACCAGAUCGUGGCAUUUGCCAAGCCAGUAAGGAUCGCGAUCACGCCACGGAUGUUCCUCCUGCCUUGA